AUGGAAGGCGACAAUCCGCAGGACUGGUCGCAGGCCAGAAAGUGGGCCAUCACCCUCACUUCGAGCUACAUGUCAAGUCUGAGCUCCGUCGCUGUCGCUGCCUAUUCGCUCGGCAUCGACGCCAUGGUCAUCGAUCUGCACACGUCACGCCUCCUUGUCGUGUCUGGUCUUUCCUUCUACACACUGGCCGUGGCCAUCUUUCCCCUCUUUCUGGCGCCCCUCGCGGAGUCGGUCGGUCGCAGGCCCGUCUACAUCAUCGCCUAUGGCUUCUUCUUUCUCUUCUUCCUCCCCGUCGCCCUUGCGCGAAACAUCGAGACGGUGCUCGUCGCGCGCUUCCUCUGUGGUGCUGCCGGCUCUGUGGGUGCCACGAUGGUGGGAGGCACCCUGUCGGACAUCUGGACGCGCGGGCAGCGCGAGGUGCCCAUGGCCUUCUUUUCCCUCUCUGCCCUCUUUGGCACGCCCAUCGGCCCCAUCUUUUUCAGCUGGAUCGGCGGCGGCGUCAGCUGGCGGUGGAUCCACUGGACUUUGCUCAUCUCAUCGGUCCCUUCGGCUGCGCUGGUCUUCCUGACCUUUAACCGCGAGACGCUGCUCUCGGCCAGGCAGAGAAAGGGGCAGCCGAGCGAACGGUCCACGCUGGCUGGCAUGGCCAGGAAGGUCAAGGCGUCGCUCUCGACGUCGCUCGUCAGACCCUUAUUGCUCCUGGCAACGGAGCCCAUCGUAUUCUGCCUCUCGCUCUGGAUCUCGUUUGCCUGGGGCACACUUUAUCUCUUUCUCGAGUCGGUGCCCCUCGUCUUUGCGCAGUACGGCAUCGCACAGGGGCCCAGCUUCGUGGGCCUGGCCAUUGGCGCCCUGAUUGGCUUCGCCAUUCACCUCGUCUAUGUCCACCGUUCCAAGCGCCUGGCCGGCAGCACGCCCGAGACGAGGCUAGGCGAGGCGUGCGUGGGUGCAGUAGCCUUUGCGGCUAGCCUCUUCUUCUAUGCGUGGACUGGCCUGCCGCACGUUCCGUGGAUCGUGCCCCAGAUUGCCACGGCUUGCAUCAUGGCUGGGCUCUUCUUGGUCUACGCAUGCAUCUUCAUGUACUUGUCCGAGUGCUACGGCCUGUACACGUCGUCGGCACUUGCCGCCCAGAGCUUCCUUCGAAACAUCUUUGCCACUGCCUUCCCGUUGUUUGCAACCGACAUGUACCAGAAGCUGACGUACAGGUGGGCGUCCACGCUCCUGGGCUUCCUCGCCGCCGCUCUGGCCCUGUUUCCCUUCCUCCUCGUCCGCUACGGCGCUGCGCUGCGCGACCGCUCGCCCUUUGCCACCAAGCAGAUCCUUGCGCAGGAUCGCCAGGAGGCUAGAUGCCCUUCACAAACGCCAGCCGGCUCGCCGAUGACAAUGGUCGAUGCCUAA